CCUCCUCUCCCUUCCAAUUAUUUCAACCGAACUUUUUUUUCCUCACCUUCCCCCUCCCCCUUGCUUCCCUAUCAAGCACUUUGCCCCAACCAAACCCAAGCCUGAUAGGAAAGUCCGGCCCUCAUCCGGAGAAGGUUCACAACACAAGAAGCCAAUCCCCGGAAGCCACGUACGUCGUCGUUUAGCGUUCGGGAAUCGUCUCCACUCUCCACUCUCGUCUCUCGCCUACACGCACCUUCCGAGCCGAACUUCAUAUAACUCACAACUCAACCUCUUUUCAACUCUCCAACUCUCCAACUCCACCAGCACACUCAUACUCUCUCUCUCUCUCCUUUCUACGUACUCAUAUGCUUAUUUUCUGCGUACUCUUUUAGAUUUCUUCGAUGUCCCCAGACCACUCGAAUGGGGACUGCGAGUCCCUCCAUGAACCCUUGCUUCAUUCCGAAAGAUCCAGAAUCAAUUCCACGUCGCAGGUUGCCAUCGUUGGCGCCAAUGUCUGUCCCAUUGAGAGCCUUGACUACGAGAUUUUCGAGAACGAGUUGUUCAAGCAGGACUGGAGGAGCCGAGGGAAGAUUCAGAUAUUCCAGUACCUUUUCAUGAAGUGGGUUUUGUGCUUGUUGAUUGGCGCGAUUGUUAGCCUGGUUGGAUUUUGCAAUAAUCUUGCGGUUGAGAAUAUGGCUGGUCUCAAGUUCGUGAUCACAUCUAACUUAAUGUUACAAAGGAGGUUUCUGUUGGCCUUUGCAGUAUUUUUUUCUUCGAAUUUGGUUCUCACGCUUUUUUCUUCUAUAAUCACGGCUUUUAUAGCACCUGCUGCCACGGGUUCUGGUAUACCAGAGGUGAAAGCCUACUUAAAUGGGGUAGAUGCUCCUGGAAUAUUUACCAUCAGAACUCUGUUCGUUAAGAUUAUUGGAAGCAUUUCAGCAGUUUCAUCAUCCCUUCUUAUUGGAAAGGCUGGGCCUAUGGUGCAUACAGGUGCAUGUGUGGGAUCAUUGUUGGGUCAGGGUGGUUCAAAGAGAUAUGGAUUAACAUGGAAAUGGUUAAGUUUUUUUAAGAACGACCGAGAUCGAAGGGAUCUAAUAACAUGUGGAUCAGCUGCUGGAAUUGCUGCGGCCUUCCGUGCCCCAGUUGGUGGGGUGUUAUUUGCUCUAGAAGAGAUGGCGUCUUGGUGGAGAAGUGCCCUUCUUUGGAGAACUUUCUUCACUACAGCAGUAGUUGCACUUGUGCUUCGUGCAUUAAUAGAUGUUUGUUUAAGCGGUAAAUGUGGGUUAUUUGGUAAAGGUGGGCUGAUAAUGUUUGAUGUUUAUUCAGCAAGUAUUUCAUAUCAUCUGAAGGAUGUACCUCCUGCAAUAAUUCUUGGGGUUAUAGGAGGCAUACUUGGAAGCUUAUAUAAUGCUCUGUUGAGCAGGGUUCUCCGUAUCUACAACAUAAUCCAUGAGAAAGGCAUUGCAUGCAAAAUUUUGCUUGCUUGCUUAAUCUCCAUUAUCACUUCUGGUCUUCUUUUUGGAUUGCCAUGGCUUGUUUCUUGUCAACCUUGUCCAGUUGAUGCAGUUGAGGACUGUCCUACAAUUGGCCGCUCUGGUAACUACAAGAAAUUCCAAUGCCCUCCUGGUCAUUACAAUGAUCUUGCCAGCCUUUUUUUUAAUACAUGUGAUGAUGCUAUCAGAAAUCUAUUUAGUGAAAACACAGAUGAGGAGUUUUCAUAUCCAUCAAUUAUCAUCUUUUUCAUCACAUGCUUUUUUCUAAGCAUCUUUAGCUAUGGGAUUGUCGCUCCAGCUGGUCUUUUUGUGCCGAAUAUUGUGAUUGGUGCAUCUUACGGGCGUUUGGUUGGGAUGUUGGUUGGCAAAAAUUCCACUCUUAACCAUGGCCUUUAUGCUGUACUUGGUGCUGCUUCUUUUGUUGGAGGAUCCAUGAGAAUGACAGUUUCCCUAUGUGUAAUCUUUCUAGAACUAACAAAUAAUUUGUUAUUGCUACCCUUGAUGAUGCUGGUUCUUCUGAUAUCUAAGACAGUAGCUGAUGCUUUCAAUGAAAAUAUGUAUGACCUUAUCAUGAAAGCAAAGGGGUUUCCUUAUUUAGAAACUCAUGCUGAGCCAUACAUGAGACAGCUGACAGUAGGUGAUGUAGUCACGGGCCCACUACAGCUCUUUAAUGGCUUUGAGAAGGUUCGCAACAUUGUGUUUGUUCUCAAGACUUCAAGGCACAAUGGGUUCCCUGUGGUUGACGAGCCUCCAUAUUCGGAAGCUCCAGUUUUAUUCGGUAUAAUCCUUCGUGGCCAUCUUCUGGCAUUGUUAAAGAAGAAAGAUUUCUUGCCCACACCAAUGGCAAUGGGAGAUGAUGCCUUCAGUAAGUUUUCUGCAGAUGACUUUGCAAAGAAGGGUUCUGACAAUAGUGAUGAUAUAGAUGAUAUACAGUUAACUGAGGAAGAGAUGGACCUGUUCAUAGAUCUCCAUCCAUUUUGUAAUGCUUCACCUUAUACUGUUGUGGAGACAAUGUCACUGGGAAAGGCCCUUACCCUUUUUCGAGAAGUCGGUUUAAGGCAUCUUCUGGUGAUACCCAAGAUCUCCAAUAGAUCGCCCAUUGUUGGUAUACUGACACGGCACGAUUUCAUGCCGGAACACAUUUUGGAUUUGCAUCCUUUGUUGGCAAGAAGCAGAUGGAAAAGAUUAAGAAUUAGGUUGCCUUUCAUGGACAAAAUCUUUUAAGGAUCAAGUUCGGCCUUCAAAACAUGUAAAUUGUCCCUAGUUGCAUACCAGUAAAAUCGUUCUUUUGCCAAAACUUAAUGGAGGAGCUCAGAGUUAUACAGGACUCUCAUUGCCCACAUUGCUUCUUAUUUCUGUAGUGGGUUACAUCAGAAUUCAGAUGGGAUAUGAAUGCUUUCAUUAGAAAUGGAAUAUCAACUUGGGGAUGUUGGUUUAGGUCUUUGAUGAAGAGGUUUUUCUUUUUUAUUUUAUUUAUUUAUUUUUCUUCAAUUUCGUGUAGUCAUUGGGGUACUGGGUUAGUUGAGCUAGUCAAUAAAUGUCAGCUUUAUACCUCAUAUCUGAUAUGGUGAACACAGAACACCCCCACCCCCCGCCCCCCCGGGGGGGGGGGGGGCCUCACUUUUUUGCUUGUAAUUGGAAUACAUUUCUCUCUUUAGUGCAUGCGUUUAGUUUCGAGGCU